CUCCGCGCCGGACGUGCAGCCCAUGUCGGCCGUGCGCUCCAAAGACCACGCCUUGGCCGUGGCGCCUGCGCCUGCCGCUGCAGCUGCGUCUGCGUCUGCUGGCGUGCCGCAGCCCGACGGCCUCGGCGCCCUCUCCAAGGCCGAUGCGCGCGACGCCGCCGCCCUCGGCGCGCGCCUGGCCGCAGACGAGGCCGACGGCGCACGCGUGAUGCACUUCGACGAGGAGGCGACGCCGGAGCAAAAGGCAGCAGAGGCACGCCGCCAGAUGCAGCAGAUCAGGCCGACGAAAGAGGAGAAUGCCGCGCUGGGCAUGGCCUCGGACAUCCAUGGCAAGCGUGUCGCCGCCACACUCACGUCGGCCGAUGUGGACCGCAUCUCGCGGCUCGAGGGCCAAGAGCCCAACUCGGGCAGGAAGGUCGGCGUGCCCACCUCUACCCUUCCCCCCGACGCCGUAGUGGGCCACACGGGACGCGCAAAGGAGCUGCUGCAGGGCCAGCCGGGCCUCACGACGGGCCAGGAAGAGACGCGCCCGCAUGAAGAGACGGUGCUUGUGAGCAAGUAUCUGGCGGAUCAAUGGUAUGGUCGCUUCUACUGGGACGCUGCGAUCCUCAUCUUUGCCGUGCUCUCCACCUACUUUGCCACGCGCUUCGGCGGCGGUCUCUUUUCCCUGCUCGUCAUUGGCGCCGUCUGUUCGACGUACUACAACGCCUCGAUGCGGCGCACGCGGCAGCGCGCGCGCGACGACAUUGCGCGCGAGCUGGCGAAGAAGCACAUGCUGACGGAAAACGAGACGGCGGGCUGGAUCAAUGAGUUCAUGCGCCGCUUUUGGCUCAUCUACGAGCCCGUGCUCAGCGCCACCAUCAUCUCGACGGUCGAUGCCAUUCUCGUCGAGCAGUGUCCCAGCUUUCUCGACAGCAUCCGCAUGACGACGUUUACGCUCGGCACAAAGGCGCCCCUCAUCGACUUUGUCAGGACGUUUCCGGCGACGGCAGACGACGUGGUAUGCAUGGACUGGAAGAUCAGCUUCACGCCCAACGACACGCAAGACCUCACGGUGCGGCAACUGGCACGCAAGGUCAACCCGAAGAUCUGCCUCACGAUCCGCGUGGGCAAGGGUUUCGUGGGCGCCGGCAUCCCGAUUCUCGUCGAGGACAUCUCCUUCACCGCCCACGCACGCAUCAAGAUGAAGCUCAUCUCGACGUUUCCCCACGUGCAGACGGUGGAUGUGAGCCUGAUGAGCCCGCCGGUGAUCGACUUUGUACUCAAGCCAGUCGGCGGCAACACCUUUGGCUUUGACAUCUUUGCCGCGCUGCCCGGGCUCGAGGGCUUCGUCAAGGGCCAGGUCGACGCCAACCUCGGGCCGAUGAUGUACAAUCCGAACACGUUUACCAUCAAUCUCGAGGAGCUGCUCUCGGGCACGCCGCUGGACACGGCCUGCGGAGUGCUGCAGGUCACCAUCUGGAACGCGCGCAACCUCAAGGCCGUCAAGCUCACCGGCGGCACGCCCGAUCCGUACAUUGCCCUCUCCAUCGACGACAAGGGCACGCUGGCAAAGACCAAGUACAAGCGCAGCACGUCGAGUCCGCAGUUCAAAAGCACGCACUUUCUGCUCCUCAACUCGCUCAACGGCAUGCUCACGUUUGGCGUCAUGGACUUCAACGAGCAUCGGCCAGACUCGCGCAUCGGACAGGCCGUGUUCGACGUCGCGGGCCUGGAGCAUGAGCCGGAGCACGAGAACAUCGCGCUGCCCGUGGUGCAUGAGGGCAAGGAUCGCGGCUCGCUGCAGACGUCGCUCUCCUUCUACCCCGUCCUCAAGCCGAGCGUGGGCGCCGACGGCAAGCCGGAGCCGCUGCCCGAGACACGCUCGGGCGUGGUGCGCCUCACGAUCCACCAGGUCAAGGGCCUCGAGAAGCCCGCGGGCCUACUGCGCGACUCGAAUCCAAAGGCGCGCAUGCUGCUCAACGGCGUGCGCAUCAAGGAGACGCGCGUCGUCAAGAAGACGCUCGAUCCCAUCUUUGAGGAGCACAUGGAGUUCCUCGUCACGAACCGCGGCAAGGCCGUCGUGGGCGUGCAGGUCAUCGACCACGAUCGCACGUGCGGCUUUCUCUCCGUCAGGCUCAACGAUCUGCUCGCGGCCAAGGAGCGCGGCCAGGACUGGUUCCCGUUGAGCAAGAGCAAGGAGGGCCGCGUGCGCAUGUCGGCCGAGUGGAAGCCCGUGCUCAUGAGCGGCUCCCUCAACGGCGGCUCGGGCUACACGCCCUCCAUUGGCGUGCUCAAGUUCCACAUGCACAAGGCCGUCGGCGUCAAGAAUGUCGAGGCGGCCCUCGGCGGCAAGAGCGACCCGUACGUGUCGCUCAAGGUGCGCGGCGCUCAGGUCGACGGCUCGGUGGUGCAGAACAACAACCUCAAUCCCGUGUGGGAGGAGAUUCUCUAUGCGCCCGUGCACUCCCUCAAGGACACGGUCGUCGUCGAGGUGAUGGACUACCAGAACCAGGGGCGUGAUCGCAGCAUCGGCACCGUCGACGUGCCCGUCAAGGACCUGGCGGCCGAGGGCCGAGGCACGCGCGCCGUGCCGUACACGGGCACGGGCAAGAGUCGGCGGCAUGCCAAGCUGGCGCUCGGCCGCGGCGCCUUCUACGGCGAGAUUGAGUUUGACGUCGAGUUCCUGCCGGCCACGGCGCUCAACGGCGUCGAGUUCUCUGGCGCGGGCAACGAGGCGGCACGCAAGGCGGGCGACGGUGGCGGCGACGACGACGAUGGAGGCGAUCCGGAUGCAGAGGCGGAGGAUGAGGCGGAGCAGGAGCUCGAGAAGACGGCGCAGCAGAUGAGCGCGCCGACGCUCGACGUGGGCGCCGGCGGCGGUGUGGAGCGCAAGCCGUCCGUGCAGCAGCAGGCCAACGGCGUCGACAGAAAGGCAUCCCUCACCAGGCGACACGUCAAGAACAAGGCGAGCCUGGCAAGCAUCGCCAGCGUCAAGACGGACGCGACGCAUGCGGGCGACGGCGUGGACAUGACGCGCGAGGAGGUGCUCGCCUGCCAGUCUGGCAUCAUCGUCUUCAACAUCCUCGGCGGCAACUAUGCGCGGCGCAACUCGCGUCUCGAAGUGCUCUUCGACGACGCCUACUGGCCCGCGUACACGACGGAGGUGGCGCGCACGCAGAAGUGCACCGUCGACGAGGUGGGCGAGGCGGUGGUCAAGGAGCUCGACUGGAGCCGCAUGUGGCUCAAGCUGCGCACCGGCUCGGGCAAGGGCGAGAACGACGUGUAUGCCGAGUUUCAGGCAAACACAAAGGAUGUCCUGGAGCGCUGCCUCGACCGCCCCGCCACGUUUACCCUCGCGAGCGAGGCGCACGGCGCCGCGCAGUCCACAGUGGAGCUCGUAUGCAAGUACAUUCCCUGCGACGUGCAUCUCGAGCCCGUCGAGAGCGUCAACAACACGGGCUUCCUGCGCGUCGAGCUCGUGCAUGCGCGCAACCUGCGUGCGGCCGACCGCGGCGGCAAGAGCGAUCCAUACGUCAAGCUGCUGCUGGAUGGCGAGCAGAAGCUCAAGAGCAAGACGGUCAAGAAGACGGUGAACCCUGAUUUCCACGAAGUGCUCGGCGAAGUUGAAGUCCCCUCGCGCGUGAAGGCCAACAUGGUGCUGGAGGUGUUCGACUGGGACAGUGUGGGCGUCGACGACAAGCUAGGCCAAGCGGUGCUCGAUCUCGCCGAUCUCGAGCCGUUUGAAAGCACGGAAAAGACACUGCGCGUGACGGGCAAGGGGGCGAGCGAGAAUGGCACGCUCUCCGUCAAGCUCGUCUUCCGGCCCGAGUUUAUCGCGACGAGAGGCCGCAAGGGCACGUCGCUGGGCCUCGGACGCACCUUCACCGCCGUCGGAGGAGCGGUGGGCGGCGGCGUCAUGGGUGUAGGCCGCGUUGGAGUUGGCGUGGGCCGCGUGGGAGUGCACGGCGUGCAGGGCGUGGGCAAGGUGGGCGUGCACGGCGUCAAGGCCGUCGGCUCGGGCGCGGGGAGCGUGGGCAAGGGCGCCUUUGGCCUCGUGACGGGCCGCGGGCAUCGCAAGGCGAGCAGCAGUGGGCUGCCGGCCGUCGAGGAUGAAGCGCUUGCGCUCGAGGGGUAUCCGGCCGUGCCGCCGCUGCCCGAAGGUGUGGCGCCGGCGGCAUACAGCUCCGAGCUCGCCGCCGCGGCCAACGCCAACAACAUCAUGGCCAUGGGAGGCGCAGAGGUGACGGCGGACACGCAGUCGAUCAUGAGCAGCGCCACGGGCACGCCGAGCAAGCGACGCUCGCGCAUUCACAAUCCCUUCAAGAGCCGGCACAAGGAGUGAAGGCAGCGCGGCUUGAGCACGGCACACACACAACAGCUCUCUCUCGCUUGCCCAUGCGGGUUCCUUCUCUUGUCCGCCCCUCUCGAUACCCCACCCGAUGCCCAUAGCCCGCGCGCUUCCAAGCUGUCACGGGCGCCACGGACAGCGGCUGUGGGGGCAGCGGCUGCCUUUGUGCGGCCGUUUGCGGCCGUGUUUGUCGCUCCACCUUGCACGUUGUUGUUGUGUUGCGCACUCAAACGACGUAAUCAACGGUAUGCUGUACUG